AUGACGACGGAUUUAAAUAAAAGAUCAUUAAGAACGCGACGAAAAAAAACAAUGAAUUCUUUUUAUUAUAACAAUGAUUAUAGUAAUGAUUUAAAUAGUGAAGAGACAAAAAGUAAAAUAAAUUUUGUAAAAAAGAAUGACACAUUAUUAGGAAAAACAAAAGAUCAUUCAAAAAGAUACCCAGAUAUAUAUGAUAAUAAAAACCCAGAAUUAAGUGGUAAUUCGAUUAUGAGUGAUACAAAUGUCAGUGAUAAUAAUAAUAAUGGAAUGAUUGAUGAAAAAAAAACAGAAUUUUCGGAAGAAAUGAAUGCUAAUAAUAUUAGUGAUGAAGAAAAUUUAGCUAAAAUACGAAGUAAUAAUAAAAUAGGCGAUGAUACUAUAAAUAUAAAAAAUGAAUAUAAAUUAGAUAAUUCAUCUAAAAUUGAAAAAAACAAAAGUUAUACUAUUGGUAAUCAUAUUUCUAAUAAGACUGGGUGUAAUAAAGGAAUCAAAAAUCUAUCUAAUAGUAAUGAAAAUAAUUAUGCUAAAAUGGCAGAAAAGUUACCACACGUUGUUGGUGUAAGAUUUGAUAAGUCUCAAAAUCGAUGGUUAUCAGGUAUAUGCAUUAAUGGAAGAUGUAUUAAUAGAUAUUUUCCAGUUUAUAAAUAUGGUUUUGAGGAAGCGAGACGAUUAGCUAUACAACAUAGAAAAAAUUUUGAGACUGCCAAUGCUGGAAAUCCUAAAAAACAACAAGGAGAAUCUAAAACAUCACACUUGAAUCUUCUUAAUAUUAAUUCGAAAAUACCUAAUGGCUUUAAAGAUAUUCAUGGAAAGAACAAAUUAAUUUUUAAAUAUUUAUCAUACGAUUCUAUUCAAAAGGAAUGGGUAGUAACAUACGAUUAUGACAGUAAAGUUUUGGUAAACAAAUUUCCAGUUGAUAUAUACGGAUAUAAUAAUGCUUAUGAAAUGGCUGUUCAAUGUAUUAAUAAGCUAACUGUAUGCAAUCAGAAUAAAAUGAAUAAAAACCUAAAAAAUGAGAAUGGAAAAAAUAUAAAAUAUGAUUUUAAAAGUACAAAUUCUCAAAGUGACUUAAAUGACGAUGAUGAUGCAAGUUUUACAUUACGUAAAGAUAAAAUAAAUAAAUUUGUUAAAGCAAAUAAUAAUGAUAAUCAUUUAUAUAAGUUAAAUUUGGAAGAAAAAGAUGGUAUUAGCAAUCGUAUCUCUUCUAGUUUAAAUGACGGACACUCUCAUAAUAAUAAUAAUAUAAACGAAUAUGAUAUUGAAAAAAAUAAAAAAAUGGAAUUUGAUUCGAGCAAUUAUAAUCAAACAGAAAGAUUGUCAAAUUAUCCUAACAACUUUUACAAAUAUGACACUUCACCAUUAGAUAAUGACGAAACAAACCCACCUCAUUUUAAUAGUAUUAAAAAAUUAUAUAAUGAUGAGAAUAGUGGAAAUAAUCAUGAUGAUAAUAAUUUAUUACAAAUUUUUAAUGAGACGUAUUUAAAUGAUGGUGACAAAAAUACAUACAAUAUAUUAAAUAACAUACUUAAACAUAAUAAUAAUAAGAACAAGUUAUUGGGUAAUAGACCAUUUGAUCAUCAAACAUAUGAAGAUGGCAAUAUUAUUUCUAACAAUGAUGGAAAUAAAAUAAUUAUAGGUAUUGAUGGUCUUACGCAUAAUCAACUAUCUAAUGAAAACCUAGAAAAUUUAAAUAACAAUAGUGAGCAUUUUAAACAUUAUAAUGAUGAACUAAAUUCAUUAUUAGAAUGUAACAAAAUGAAUAACAAAUUUGAAAAUAGUAAAGAUAUAGGAUCAUUACUUAGCGAUAAAAAAACAUCAGAAAUUGUUAAUUAUGAUACCAUAUCUAAUUUCAAUAAAAUUAUUAAAAAUAUAUUAAAAAGCAAUAAAAAUGCAAAUAACAAUGAACAAAUUAUCAAAGGAAUUAACAUAAUAAAAAAUAUGCAAAAAAAUGAUAAAUUAGAAAUUCAUAAGCCUGUUGAAGAUUAUGCUAGCAGUAACAAUGGAGAUAUAGAUGAUAUCCCAGAAGAAAAUGGCAAUGAAAAUUAUAACUUUUCAAGUGGCAAUAUUAGUGGUAUAAAACGAGGGAGAUAUAUAAGUAAAAUACGACAUAGAAUAAAAAAGAAACACAAAAAUUCUAUUAAUUAUAACAAUUAUUUUAUUGUAAAAAAUGAGGAAGAUGUUAACGAGGAAAAUGACAUCAAUAUUGCUAAAAAUGAUAUUAACAAUUCAAAUGAAGCAAUUGAUGGCACAGAAUUAGAAACAAAUACUAAGAAUGAAGAAACUCCUGCUCAAACAGAAGAAAAUUUUAAUCAAAUUGGAGACAACACUAAAGUAGACGAACAAAAUGAAGAAAUUCCCAAAACAGAAGCUACUGAGCCCAAUAUAAAUAACGAAUCGAAUGAAAACACAAAACAAAACACAUCAAUAUUUAAUAAUAUAUCUGAUGAAAAUUCAAAUAUAGUUAAUAAUUCUGAAUUCAAUGAAGUUGCAUUAAAAUUAGCUCCAUGGAAAAAAGGAAUAGAAUGGAACCAAAAGAAAAAUAAAUGGACAUGCAAAUUGUGGGAUAGUGAUGGAAAUACAAUUACUAAACAUGUUUAUAUAAAAAAUAAAGAAGGAAUAGAAAUUGCAUAUCAUUAUUGUAUACAAAUUCGUUUACGUUCUUUUGAUUAUUAUUUAACAAAUGUAUUAAACAAUUUUCCAAAAAUCGAAGAAAUAUCUUAUACCCUAGAAAAUCCGUGUUUUAUAUUAAGUUAUAAAGAUAAUGAAAAAAAAAAAUAUUAUUUUCAAGAAGAGGGAAUAUAUAAUUCUUUUGUAUCUUGUGUAGAAUAUUUAAAUAAAUUGAAAAGUGAAAAUGAGGAAACAUUGUACAAUAUAGAUAGUUUCAUAGAAGAACACAAAGAAAACAUAGCAUCAGAAAAUGAAAUAAAUGAACAAGGUAAUAAUAAUGAAAAUAAAAAAUCACCCAUUCUUCAAGAAUUAGAAGAUUUUAUGAAAGAUAUGAAUUAUUUUGAACAUAAAAAAACAGUAUUCGAUAAUAUGUGUGAACAAACAAAAGCUGCUUAUAACAUAAAACCAUGGGUAAAAGGUGUUUUAUGGGAAGAAAAGGUAAAAAAAUGGAUUGUGUUUUUUAAAGAUAAAAGUCAAAAUCUUCGAAUUAGUUUCUUUAAUCCAUGUGAUUAUAAUAAUGAUGUAAUAAUGUCUUAUAAUAAAUGUUGUGAAUAUUUUAAACAAAUAAAAGAAUCAAAUAAUUUUGAUGAAAACACAGAAGAAUUUUCAGAAAGUAUUCGGCAAUUUAUUAAAAGUAUCGAAUUUGAUAAAGUAAUUGAUUAUAGUAAAAAUAAUUAUAAUCAUAUUGACAAAAGUAGAAGCACAAGUUCAGACAGUAGUGAUAUUAGUAAUGCUAGUUCUAAAAAUAUAUAUAAAAGAAAAAAAAAAAAAAAAAUCCAUUCAUAUAAUGAGAAUUCUCAUGAUUUGGGCGACGCAUCACAAUAUAGAAAAAAUAGCAAUCAAUUAGAAAGGGAUAUUAUGGAUGAUAAAAAAUUUAGAUCUUUAAAAAAUGACCAUUUAGGAAAUACAAAAUAUCGAAUAAGCGUUAACAAUAUAGAUAAAAAAUUAUGUAAUAGUUAUGAACCAUCAAAUGAUGAAAUGGGAAUGUUAGAUUAUAAUUCACCAGCAGAUUAUAAAUAUUCUGUAGACACGUUAGAAGGAAAAUAUUUUAAUAGAAAUGAUAUGUAUAAUAAUAGUAAUAAUAUAAAUUGUAAAACAAAACAUGAAAAAAGUUUAAAAAGAAGCCAAAAAAAUCAAUUAAAAAAAAACAUACUUGAUGAUAUUGAUAAUGAAUCAACAAAUCACGAUGAAAUGAAAAAAAAAUAUUUAAAUUUUGAUGAUAAUAAUAGUAAUAUGAAUAAUAAUGAUUAUUCAAUUGGAGAUAGAAGUUUUAAAAUGGAUUAUUCUGAAUAUGAAAAUAAUACAAAAGAAAAUCCUAUAAAUGAUUAUGGAGAUUCAAAUCCUUAUUUUAGAGACGAUAUACUAUCACCCUCUUCUACUCGUACAAUUGCAAGAGAUAUGCCUUUUGAUUCGAAUAAUGGAAAUCAUAGAAUUGGAAAUAAUAAUUAUAACAUGCUUGGAAUAAAUGGUAUAGAUUGUAAUAGUAGCGAUAUAAUAAAUGGAAGUUCAAGUGAAAAAUGUCUAAAUGAAAUAAACAUGAUAAAAGAUGGGGGAAGUGACAUAUCUGGAGCUAUGCCUUAUGGAAGAAACUUAGACACUGAAUAUGGAAAAGGAUCGAGAAAUUCUGAUAAAUAUGGUAAUAUGGAUAAUAAAUCUAUCAAUAAAAGUACUGAAAAAUUAGAUAAUCUUUUAGAUGGAGGUACAAAUGUUCGAUUACCAAAAAGUGAAAUUUUAAAUCAAGCCGCAAGUUUACCAAAAUUACAAGGUAUGUUUUUUGAUAAAAGAAGAAAUUAUUGGACUGUUAGUGUAUGUGGUUUUAGAAAAUCUUUUGGAGUUAGAACAAGAGGUGUUUAUCAAGCAUAUAAAUUAGCUGCUGAAUUUAGAAAUCGAAUUUUAGAAACAAAUAAAGGAAAAUGCUAUUCCCAAAAGAGUUCAAGCAUGUCAAAUAGUUAUAAAUAUAAUUUAAAAAAUGUUAAUGGAUUAACUAAAGAAGAAAAGACUAAUUUUUUACGAGAUUCUGAAUCUCUUCAAGCAUCAUCUGGAGUAGAAAAUUCAUACAAUAAUAAAAGAAAUUCAUUAACUAGUAUUAAUAAUACUGACAAAGAUUUAGUAUAUACACCUAGUGAUAGACGAAGUAGCUAUAAUCUUAAAGAUACAGAUGGAAGUGCUGGAAACGAAAAUAAUAAUAAUGAUUCAUCAAAUAUUUAUGACUAUUUAUUAGAAAAUAAAAUGAAUUCUAACAUUUUAAAUAAUGACAACUUAUUAAAGACCACAUAUUUACCUAGUAGUGCUGCUAACAGUGUAAGUCAUGAUGAAAAUUAUUCAGAUAUGGUAUAUGAUGAAAGAAUAAAUUUUACUGGUAAAUCGAAGAAAAAAAUGGAUAAAAAAUAUAAAUAUAAUAAUAGCUAUUCUGCAUCUAAAUAUGAUAAUAAUGGAAAUCUUAUUAAUAAUAUGGAUUCAAAUUUUAUGAAUUUUAUGAAUGAUGGAACAUAUGACAUGAGAGAACAUAAAAAUAAUAAUAAUUCUUUAUUUAAAAAAUCAGGAAAUAAUCAAAAUAAUGGAAGCGAUAACAACAAUAUAUCACCAAGUAAUACAUCCAUUAGUCAUUUAGGCUCGGGCCCAAAUUAUUCGCCUACUCAUAUAUACGAAAUCGAUAAUAUGCAUAGCACUUUGGAUUAUUACAUUAAGAAUGAAAAUACUGCAAAUGGAUUAGGGAAAUCAGAAGAUUUAAAAAAUAUGAAAACUAACAAUUAUAAUCAAACUUCCUCUUUUUUAAAAGGUGAUAUUAGAAAUAGUGAAAGUAUAAAUGAAAAUAAUAUGUAUUCUAAAAAUUUAAACAAUGUAGAUUAUGAAGAUAGCCAAAAUUUAAUGAAUAAUAAAAUGAACUCUCAUAAUUCAGAAGAAAAACUCAAUCAAUCCUAUCCAAAUAACACGCUAUAUAAUAAUUCUGAAAAUAAUAACUAUGAAAAUACUAACAUUCAUAUAAAUGGUAAUAUAAAUAGUAAAGAUGAUUUAUAUAAAAAUUAUAAUUUAGAUGGAGAAAAUAAAGUGUUUAGUUUAAAUACAAUAAUCGAUGAAACAAUAGAAGAAAGAGAUAUAAGAAUAAAUAAAGAAGUUAAUAAAUGUAAAUUUGUAGAUGGAUUAAUAUAUGAUGAAGCUAACAAAUGCUUUAGAAUUAAAAUUAAUGGAUAUAGAAAAGCUUAUUCUGUUAUUAGACGAGGUGUAAAAGAAGCUUAUAAAUUAAGUAUUGAAGCUAUACAACAGAUUAAAAAACAAUCAAAACCAAAUAAUUAUAAUACUUCCGAACAACCACAAAUUAAUUCAAAUAAUCUAACUCAUUUCUAUAAUUCUAGUUCAGAAACAUCUAAACAUGGUUACGCUUAUAAUUAUCAAUACAUUAAAAAUAAGCCGGCUUCUCAACAAGAAUGUGCAGAAGACAUUUUUGAAAACUAUACUGACCAAAGAGGUGCUAACAAAAAUAAUAAUCCAUAUAUGGAGGCUAACGGAAGACGAAAAUUCUCCAAUGAUAAAAAGAACAAUGACGAGGUUUCUUUCCCUAUUUUAAAUAUAGACGACAACUAUUACGAAUUACUUAAAACUGCCAUAAUCAUUUGUUUAAAUGAUAUUCUUAUGAAUUCUAUUCCUAAAGUUUUUCAUUUAUAUAAAAAUUUGAGUAUAACAGAGGAUGUUAAAAUUGAGGACAUAUUAAAUGUAGAAAGAAAAAAGAAAGAACAAUCCUUAAGAUACCAUAUAGAAUAUACUCAAAAUUCCAUAGGUAUAUCAUCACUUAUUCCAUAUCUUAAAUUAUUUAGUACUGAAAUUUUAAACAAUAUUUUACCAUCAGCUCAAUCUUUAGAAAUUCAAAGACUUAUUAUUCAUUCCCUUGAUUUACAAGCUUAUAAUACAUCAUGA